AUGUUUGCAGCGGCCACCAAGAACUUCGUCAAGCAGGUGGGAGACACCGGGAGGUUGAUCCCUGUACCGAGUCUCAGCGAGGCCGACCGCUACCAGCCUCUCAGCCUUGUCACCAGGAAGAGAAAGAGGCGCUUCUGGAAGAAGAAGAAGAAGUAUGCCUCCACUGCAUUCUCCCUCAAAGAUAUCCUUGUAGGGGAGAAGGAGAUCACAGCAGGCGUAUCUUCUUAUCAGCUGCUCAACUAUGAGGACAAAUCAGACGUGGCCCUCAACGGUCGCCUUGGAAACCAUCUCAUCAACGAAGUGGGCUUCAACAUCAGCGGCUCUGACUCGGUGGCCGUCAAAGCUUCCUUCGGCAUUGUGACCAAACACGAGGUGGAAGUGCCCACAUUGCUGCGGGAACUCAACUCCAGGAAAGUGGACGUGGAACACUGCCUGGUCCGUCAGUCCCGGGAGAGCGGAUGGAGCGUCCUGUGUGUCGUCAUGGAAAGCAUCCGUACCACUCGUCAAUGCGCUCUAACAGUCCAUGCUGGAAUGAGGGGGGCCACCAUGAGGUUUCAGAUUGAGGAUGGCAGAAACCCAAAAGGUCGCGACAAGGCCAUUGUCAUCCCGGCUCACACCACCAUCGCUUUCAGCAUCUGUGAGCUGUUUGUUCGACUGAACGGGCAGCUCGAUAUCUGUGUUGCACCGGGGUCACAAGGUGGUUUUGAACAAGAGCAAAUCAGGGAGCAAUUGGGUGGUUUCGUCGGUCACUUCUCAAUGGGCCGCCUCCGGCGCUUCCUGUCAGGCAUCAUCUACGGGAACCCCUUCAGAGCAGAUGACAGAACAUUUGAGGAGCUCACUCACUCUGAUACCUUCAUGGACGACACGAUGACCGACUACUAUGAGAAAGCCGCCAGCACGACUGACAUCUCCACUGCCUACCUGAGGGAAAGCUCCCACACACGCGUCAACCUCCUCAAGCACAACAUCCCCAAGGGGCCAUGUGCACUGUGCGGGAUGGGGAACCAAAGAAGAGAGACUGUUUACGGUUGUGUGGAAUGCUCAUUUGGUGGUCAAAAAUAUGUUCGGCUGCAUGCGGUACCGUGCUUUGACCUCUGGCACAAAACUCUUAAGUGA